CCUUUCUGCUCCUGACUCACACAGGGAAGGCAAGCAGUCCAAAAACACUGGAAUUUAUAAAUUUACCAACAGAUUAAUGCAAGACACAAAAACACUGAAAAGAACAACUAAGACAAGCAAGAAGGGACAAUACUAGUUUGGUGAAUCAUGUCUCUGACUUGGCUUCUGCUGUAUACAUGCAUCCAUGCCAUUUAUGGCAAUAUAUUGUUCGGAGACAUGGCUGAUCAGGACAGCACCCUCAGUGUGAGCAUCCCUGUGGAACAGCCACUGCAACCCCUACUUGGCGGGAGCAUGGUCAUACCCUGCUACUUUCUGGACAACACUGUCCAGGACCCUGGUGCCCCAACCAUCGCCCCACUGUCCCACCGUAUUAAGUGGAGCUACAUCUACAAGGGCAAAAUAUCCCUCAUUCUGGUUGCCUCUGGUGGCUUGGUGCAGGUUCAGACCGACUACUUGGACCGGGUUCAUAUGGUGAACUACCCCAUGGUGCCGACUGAUGCUACCAUUGAGAUCUCAGAACUCCGCUCCAGUGACUCUGGCACCUACCGGUGUGAGGUCAUGCAGGGGAUUGAAGAUAACUAUGAUUCAGUGGGGAUGCAAGUUCAAGGUAUUGUGUUUCACUACCGAGCUAUUUCUACCCGAUAUACAUUGACAUUUGAGAUGGCAAAAGCAGCCUGCAUCCAGAACAGUGCUGCUAUUGCAACUCCCGCACAGUUGCAAGCUGCCUAUGAUGAUGGGUACCAUCAAUGUGAUGCCGGCUGGCUUUCAGAUCAAACUGUGAGGUAUCCUAUUCAUGAGCCAAGGGAGCCUUGCUAUGGAGACAAAGAAAAUUUUCCAGGGGUACGAACAUAUGGAGUCCGAGACAUCAAUGAGACCUAUGAUGUGUACUGUUUUGCAGAAAAAAUGUCAGGCAAGGUUUUCUACUCCAUGUCAGUGGAGAAGUUCACCUUUGCAGAGGCUGAAGAUCAGUGUUCAAAGUUGGGAGCCCAAUUAGCCACCACGGGGCAACUGUACCUGGCAUGGAAGACCGGCAUGGAUGUGUGCAAUGCUGGCUGGCUAGCAGACAGGAGUGUGCGGUACCCCAUUAACAUAGCUCGACCCCAGUGUGGUGGGGGGCUUUUGGGAGUGAGAACGGUUUACCUGUUUCCAAAUCAGACUGGUUAUCCAUACCCAGACUCCCGCUAUGAUGCAAUCUGUUAUGAAGAAAACACUAAUAAAGUUUUCACAAAGACCUCACCAUAUCCUGAAAUACACACUACCACCGAUUCCAUGUUCAGUGUGGCUACAGUCACCUCAAGCCCAUCAGACUAUACUGAAGACGUGACCACAGAAGGGGAGGCCCGUGGGCAACUGGUUACAGAUGAGCCUCUUAACACCACAAGCAUAGAAAGUUCCCUACUACCUUACAACAUAACUGAGGUUGAGGAGGAUGCCAUCAAAGUGGCCACAGCUCUGCCUUAUCUGGGAUAUGAGAUUGCCAAGGACAAUGUCACAGCUAAAACGAAGGGAGUGACAUUCCACCAUCGGGCUGAAUCGAGGCGCUAUGCUUACACCUUUGAGGAAGCUCAAGUGGCGUGUCAGAAGCUGGGAGCAGUCAUAGCCACCCCUGAGCUCCUUCAGGCUGCUUAUGAAGCUGGCCUUCAUCAAUGCAGUGCAGGUUGGCUACAGGACCAAACUGUCAGGUAUCCAAUUGUGCAUCCUCGAAAGAAGUGCUCUGGAGAUCAGGAGGACACCCCUGGUGUGCGCUCCUACAAUGUUAGGCCUGCUCAUGAGCGUUACGAUGUUUACUGUUACAUGGAUCAAAUAAAGGGGGAGAUCUUCCAUGUGAGUUCACUAGCAGGCUUCACCUACUACGAAGCUGCUGCCCAUUGCAGAAAACUGGGUUCUACUCUAGCCUCAACUGGAGAACUAUAUGCAGCAUGGAAUCAGGGUUUCCACAAGUGCAGUCCUGGCUGGCUGGCUGAUCGCAGUGUCCGCUAUUCUGUCCGCAACCCAAGCUUCGGUUGUGGUGAAAACAAAACCGGAGUCCACACUAUUUAUGCUGAACCAAACCAAACAGGCUUUCCAAACCCAUACUCCAGAUAUGAUGCAUACUGCUUCAAAGCAAAUCUGUCUAUACUCCUUGAUGAGGAUGUGUUGAAUGGUACAAGCUACAAGGAUCUUAACAUGACAGACCUUCAAGAGCUGCUGAGACCUGUACGUCCAAUUGUCCCUCCCUUGAUUGUGGACCUGUCUGGAUCUGGAUCUGGAUCAGGCUCAGCAUCAGGCGAUCCUGAUUCCAGUUCUGGAUACAUAUCAGGGAGUGGCAUACCCAGUGGGAGCACAUCUGGUUCUGGCCAAAGUGGAGAGGGAUCAGUUCACCUUGUGAGAUUCCAAGAAGGUGCAGAUACACUGAUAUGGCAGACUUCUGCCUCAGGCAGUGCUUCGGAGGCUAAAGAAGGUAGUGGCAGUGGUAGUGGUGCUAUCAUUGCUUUAGAAAUAGAAUCUGGGGACCAAGAAUCUGGAGAGGAGUCUGGCCUCUUCCCAGCACAAAGUGGAGCUAGUGGCCUUCCAUCAGGACUCAGCAGUGGAAUUAGCGGUUCAGGAAGAAGUGGAUUCUUCAGUGGUGGGGAAUCAAGUGGGUCAGAUGUGACAUUUAUAGACACAAAAAUGAUUGAUCUGACUGCAAGACCAUCUGGAGAACAGGAAUUGUCUGGUAUUAACCCAUUUGACUGGACUGAUGUUAGUGGUUCUGGCUUUCCCUCUGGCUUUGGAUCUGGCUCUGCCAUUGACUUUGGAUCUGGCUCUGCCUCUGGAUUUGUGCCUGGCUCUGCUUCUGGCUUUGUGCCUGGCUCUGGUUCUGGCUUUGGAUCUGGCUCUGCCAUUGACUUUGGAUCUGGCUCUGCCUCUGGAUUUGUGCCUGGCUCUGCCUCUGGAUUUGUGCCUGGCUCUGCUUCUGGCUUUGGGUCUGGAUCUGCCUCUGGAUUUGUGCCUGGCUCUGCUUCUGGCUUUGGGUCUGUAUCUGCCUCUGGAUUCGGAUCUGGCUCCGUCUCUGAAACCUCAACUUAUUCUGGUCAUCCCUUGGGUGAGGCGUCUGGCCACAUUCAGAAACAAGAUGGAGAGAUUGCCAUUCUAAUAGAGAAUGAGGUAUUUGAGUUGCUAUUUAAUUCUACCAUUGGACCAGAACAGGGUCGUGGAUCAGUGGAGAUCAGUGGAGAGGGCAGUAGUCAAGCACUAUAUGUUGAGGAGAUCUCCAUAUCUCUUUCUAAUAGAACUUUAUAUGAAGAUUACUGGAAUCCCAAUGAAGCAGAUGAUGUCCUACCAGAAAGAAAUGAGCAACUUAAUUUCACCACACAAGUGUUUGAUGUGUCUGAUCAGUCACCUCUGAACACCACACCACCCACCACUGUAUUCACCACUUCACCUUCAGAACAAACGUCAAAAGCUAUGGAAGAGCCAUCUGUUACUGAUGCUUCUGCUAACCCCUGUGACCCAAACCCCUGUGGUCAAGGUUUAUGCUCUCUACAAGAUGGCAGUGCAGUAUGUCUGUGUCAUCCAGGAUUUAGUGGGGAAAACUGCUCAACACUGAUACAGGGAUGUGCCGAGGGGUGGGUGGAGUUUAUGGGCAGCUGUUACAUCCAUUUUGACGAGCGUGAGACCUGGACCAGUGCUGAGCAGCGCUGUCAAGAGCUAAACUCUCACCUGGUUAGCAUAUCCUCCCGACAAGAACAAGAGUUUGUAAGAACUCAAGCUCAUGACUAUCAAUGGAUUGGACUCAAUGACAGGGAUGAACAAAAUCAGUUUCGCUGGACAGAUGGAAGUCCUUUGGAAUAUGACAACUGGAGACCCAACCAGCCAGAUGAUUACUUCAGCACAGGAGAAGACUGUGUUGUAAUGAUAUGGCAUGAGGAUGGCCAGUGGAAUGAUGUACCUUGCAACUAUCAUCUUCCUUUUACCUGCAAGAUUGGGCCUGUCACAUGUUCAUCACCUCCUGAAGUGAAGAAUGCCAGGAUGUUAGGCAUCAGGAAAGAUCGCUACCCUGCUAACUCCAUCAUUCGAUACCAGUGUGACAGCGGAUUCACACAACGUCACAUUUCUGUAGUGCACUGCUUACCUGAUGGUCAGUGGGAGAAGCCUCAAGUGGAAUGCAUAGAAGGCAAAACAAACAACAGGCUACGGAAAAGAUUCCUCAAGAGACUUACCAAGGCAGUCAAUAGUCAGACGUGGAGGAAGAUUCUCUAAACAAGAUGAAAAACACACACUUUAACACAUCCAGAGGACUGUUAUAACCUGUACAGAAGCCUUAAGAAAAUCUCAAUGACAAGGGAAUAACCUUAUGUAGCGACUAACUUUAUGUAGCCUGUCUGGCUGAUUGGUUUACAAGUUCUACUCAUAGCUCUAUUUUAGAGAGAAGAAAAAAAUAUUUACCAUUUAUCUGUGUUCAUUUAAAUAUUUUUUGGCAUUUUAGGAUUGUAUUUCUACCACUUUUUACCCUAACACAUAAAUGCUAGGUCACAAGAGAUAAUCUAAUCUAUAACGAAUAGAUUAAAUUGCAUUUAUAAAAUCCAAAAAAAAAAAAGAUUUACUUUACCAUUAGCGCAUUUCCUUCCAGGCCACAAGGUGACACUAAUUCUUACUUGUGUGAGCACUUUCCCAUUGUUUGUGAUUUGAGGCUAUGUUCAGAAUUAAAUACUAGUUUACUACUUUCGGAAUAUGGCACAGUAUACUAUAUACUGCCUACAAUUUUUUUUUUUUUUUUUGCUUUUGUUUUUAAGUAAGUGAAAUAGUAGGCAUUGAAUCGUCACAUGACCUAUUACUUUGCAUAUGAGAAGCAUCAAUAAAAUGUGCAUACAAGUAGUAUAGCAAUAUGCAAUUUCAAACAUAGCCUCUAGUACUGUCCAUUAUGUUUCCCAGUUUGCAUACUCCUAUUACAUAUUUGCCAGUGAUUGGAAAAUGCUAUUUUUUUAAUAUGUAGAAACACAAUAACAGUAUUGUGAUAUUUUUUGUUUAGUAUUGUUGCAUACUGUUUGCAUUUAAAUGUACGCAUUAGGAUGAAGCUACACAAUUAGCUUAGCUUAAUUUUUAGGUUCAUUUACACGUGGCAGGAUUGGCCUUGCAUUCCUUGUUUUUGUUAUUUAAAAAGAGGACACAAGGGUUUUGAGCAAUAUUAGCCCAAAAAAAACAAAGCACAAAUGCACUUCAGAAAUCUGCCAGAAAUAGUGUACCAUCCAGGCACCUUUGGCAUACUAUUUUCAACAUACUAUGAUUUGAGUCAGAAAAAAAACGUAUCUGCCAUACUAUUUAGGGUAGACAGUGUUGUGAUUGGGACAAAGUCCAAAAACAUCUGUGUUUUAGGAUGCACAAAGGUAACAUUAUCUGUACCCAUGGAUAAUACUUAAGUUCAGAACAAGACAAAAGGCUUUAAUGACCACAGCUGGAAACAAUUACAUUUAAUUGCAUUAGAAUUUCAAAUUCUUCAAUUAAGAUGUGUCUUUUUUAUUUGUUUUGUUGUUUGUUGUAGUAUAAAUGUUUAAAUAUCUAGUUGUAUCUCAGUGAAACUGUGAAAGUUCCCCGGCUUCUUCUAGGUCUGAUUCUAGGUCAGCUUGCAAAUGUUUCCUCAGACUAGAAAAAUAUAAUAUCCUGUCUACAUUAGCUGUAAUGAUACAACUAUAUUUGUGACCUUUCUGUCACAAGAAGUGAAUGGCUCCUAGUGGCACUUAUUCCAUGUUGUGCAAUGCAUUAGCUUUUACUUAAUUAAUUUAUUAAUUCACAAGUUCACAUGAUUUGUCUAGGCCUUCAUUACAGACUUGAGCUCUAAUAUAAAUUCAAUUUAGUAGAUAUCAAACAACCUAAUGUAUGUAGAGACAAGCCGUAUUCAAAUGAGCAUAAAGCGUCAGAAAACAAGACAGGAAUUUUCAAACAAAGCAUAUUAAUCCAACACACUAAGUGUGCCCCACAACAUUUGAUUGACAGAGUCAAUCGUUUCCAAUACAGCGACCCUGGAAUUGCUCUGUUCCCAGCAAUAUCCAUCUCUCAUUUUGCACUCUGUCACUGUCAUCUCUAUGCUGAGCUCAUUUCGGUCCUUGUACCCCUGAAAUAAACAGACUAAACGAGAGUGAAUAAAUGUGUUUUACUUUUAAUACCAGAGACUGGUUAAAAACCAACCACUGGAACACAAAAACCAAGUAGCAAAAAUAUGGCUGUUUUCAAAAAGCCUUUCCAAACAUUCCAUCCAUCAUUGUCAUUGGUCAGCCAAACAGAUAAUCCCACCCCAAAUUUAUGCCAUUGGUUGAGCCAAUGUUGCUGUUGUCCGGAUGUUCAAACAGUCACAAUGUGUUCAGCUUCAGACUUUAUGGGGAAAUAAACCUACCAAUAACUUAUAGUAUUUUUCUGCGUAUAAAACUAGGAUGGAAAAUAUUUUAACAUUAAAACUUUCUAACAUGUAAGUUGUUGAAACUGUUCUGUUUUCACUAGGUAGAACUUGUUUUUUUUUCUUCCCUAAUGUCUUAAUGUUUACUCUAUACAGGGUUCCCACAUCAUGAACAAUGCAUUUCCAUAACUUUUCCAUGACAUUUUCAAUCAUUCAUGAUUACUAUUCUUUGGAUACUGAAAAUAAAUGGCCAAUAUAAAUAUAAAUGUGUUUAUUACAAUUUAAGGACUAUUUUUGUGGUUGUUGUUGACAUUUGUUAUAUUUUCAUAUUAGCACUGGGAACCCUGAAUUAUACACAGUGGCACCAAAUUUGGACAAAUUAGGCCCUAACUGUGUAAAUUGCAUUGUGUUAGAAAAUGUUAAAUCAAGUGGCACUUGUAACAAAUUCACCUCAAAGUCAUUGUGAUUACAUAUAAACAAAUGGUGUUAAGGUAGAAAAUAAAGUGUACAGAUGAUUUUUGUCUUCAUUUUCAA